GUCAGUCAGUGGCUGGCAGAACGUUGUGGCGAACGUUUCAUUUCGUUUGAUAGCGGCGUGCGCGGUUGAUUUGAAUGCUGCAGAGCGGUAUUAAAUGCGGCAGCGACUGAUGAAGUGGAAUUAAGUAAUCUUUGUUAAGGAAACACAACCAAUUUAGAUCGAUGGGCAGGCCAAGCAUCGAAUCGAAGCAUGUCCAGACGACAGCCCGAGAGUUGCCAACGAGCCGCUAAUCGAGGCAAAGUCCAAUUGGAUCUCGAUUUCGAUUUCGAUUCGGAUACGGCUACGGACUUGGAUGUUUUGGUGUGGAGGAGGCCAUCAUUAUGUCGUCGCGGCGCAGCUCCUUUCGCCGCAAGCCCGCAGAGAAGCCGGCAUUUGAGCGUUUCAAGGACCAUUGCCGUCACUUCACGGCAUUUAUGUUCAGCAAUGUUGGCAUCAUACUUCUAGUCACGUUUUAUACCAUUGGCGGCGCCUUCAUCUUUCAGACAAUCGAAAUUUUCGAAUACGAAAAACUCAAGACGAAAAACCUAAUCAAGCCCAAUGCGACGGCUGAGUGCCUCAACAGCAUCUGGAAGCUGACGUCUGAGAACAUCAGUUUCUACGAUCGACAAGCCUACAGAAAUAGUGUCAACGAAGUGCUGCUAAAGUAUCAACAAGCUGUGUAUAAGAAACAGAUCAAGGGCCCCGAUGUUGAUCACCAGUGGAGCUUCUCGGGCGCAUUUCUCUACUCGCUAACUGUCAUCACGACCAUUGGCUAUGGCAACAUAACCCCCAGCUCCGAUUGGGGCAAGCUGGUGACAAUACUCUAUGCGAUCAUCGGCAUGCCACUCUUCCUGCUCUAUCUCUCUAAUAUAGGUGAUGUGCUGGCCAAAUCCUUUAAAUGGAUCUACUCCAAGGUCUGUCUCUGUCGCAUUUGCCCAGGCGUAGCCAAGCGGCGCAUAAUACGCGAGCGACGCAAACUUCGUCAGCUGGCUCGAGCGUUGCAGUUGCACAACAUGGAAAGCGCACGUGGCGGCAGCAGCAGCAGCAACAGCUACUCCAGCAACAGCAACAGCAACAGCAGCUCGAUUAGCAGCAGCACCAGCAGCAGUGCCUAUACCAAGAGCUCCAUGCAGACCUCCAGUGUGCUGGAUGUGCCGUACUCCGACUCAGAUUCAGAUAUUGAGCGCGAAAUACGCGGCAGCACGGAUGAAAUAACUGUUCCCCUAACUGUCUGUGUCUUUGUUAUGGUCAGCUAUAUACUAUCGGGUGCCAUACUCUUUGGGCGCUGGGAGGAUUGGAAUUAUCUGGACGGCAGCUAUUUCUGUUUCAUCUCAUUGAGCAGCAUUGGAUUCGGUGACUUGGUGCCGGGCGAUCGUGUGAUAACCGCCGAUAAAGACAAAGUCGAGUUGAGCUUCAUUUUAUGUGCCGUUUAUCUGCUGCUGGGAAUGGCGCUAAUUGCCAUGUGUUUCAAUUUAAUGCAGGAACAAGUCAUUCAUAAUAUGCGUGCUAUAAAGCGUGGUUUCAAGGCCUGCUUCCGUUGCCGCAGCUCGUAGCCAAAGAUCAAGAUUUGUUGACGUACAAAAAUUAUUAAACAACAAUUACGUUAAUUAUAGGUUAAAAAU